CACGUAUCAAACUUACAUUUAUGCCUAAAGUGUAUCUAUAAUUCGACACCUCUAUUGGGCACGUGCCAGUCGGCCUUAAAUGUCUCACUUGUAGUCGUCAGCCUUUAAAUUCCAUGUGUAGUUGCUCUAUUUCAUGCCUAUAUAAUCCUUCGAGCCCGUCGCCACUUUGCGAGGGAAUCUCAAACUUCUCUACAUUUCAAGAUGGCAGACCCUAAUAACCUCCCUGCCCUCUGCUCGGUUGACGAGUUUCUUAAGCAUGAUUAUGAUUUCAUUGUUAUUGGAGGAGGGACAGCUGGUUUAGUCGUGGCUGCACGUCUCACUGAGAACGCAGAUGUUAACGUCGGUGUUCUCGAGGCUGGUGCUGCAAAUAUUGAGGAUCCUAUGAUCAUGAUGCCCGCCAUGUACACCAAGGCAAUUGGUGACCCAAAGUAUGACUGGCUCCAUAAGAGUGUCGUUCAGAAAUCCGCUGGCAAUGUCGCCAUGGACCAACCUCGAGGAAAAGGCCUCGGUGGAUCUAGUACCAUCAAUUAUCAAAUGUAUGUUCGAGGUCACAAAGUUGACUAUGAUGACUGGGAGAAACUUGGAAACAAAGGCUGGGGAUUCCAAGACCUGCUUCCGUACUUCACGAAGCACGAGCAUUUUGAUGACCCCUCAGGCUAUACAACUAAACCAAACAUCCCUCUCGAGACAACGUAUGAUGCGAGUCUCCAUGGAACAAAUGGGCCAAUCCAUACUAGUUUUAGUACAUGGAGACUUCCCCAGGAGAGAGAGUGGAUUGCUGCUUCCAGCACAUUGGGCGAGAAUAUGGGGAGUCCGCUUGAGGCUUGGAGUGGUGACCAUAUGGGCACGCAUCAUUCGCUUAGUACGAUUGAUAGGAGUAAUGGCGAGUUAACUGGGACAAGAAGUUACGCCACUACAGGAUAUCUGCUUCCAAAUGCCGGACGGCCAAAUCUGAAUGUCUUGGUCGAGGCGUUGGUAACGAAGCUUGUUAUCAGUGAUGCUGGUGAAGUAACUGGUGUUGAAUUCCUACACGAAGACAAACCUCAUACUGUUCUGGCAAAGAAGGAGGUCGUUCUCAGUGCGGGAACCAUGAAAUCCCCGCAGAUUCUCGAACUCUCGGGAAUUGGCAACCCCUCAAUCCUCUCUAGAGCUGGUGUUAAAUGCGUGGUGGACAACCCACGAGUUGGGGAGAACUUUCAGGACCACCCCGCUACAGCAAUAGGCUAUGAGCUCGUCGAAGGAGAGAAAACUCUCGACAUGCUACAACAGGAAUCAGAACUCCAAGCCGCGAUGACCUCGUACACUACCGACAAAAGCGGUCCCCUAUCAAGUGGCGGAUCAGCGGUGGGGUUCGCAUCUUACGCUGAUCUAGCCACACCUGCUGAGGUAAAAUCGUUACAAGAAUUGAUACUCUCGGGCAAAUAUCCUGGCCAUAAUGAAGCCACGAAGAAGCUCAUCGCAGAGAGCCUCGGAGACCACAAUUAUGGUAGCCUCCAGCUCGUACUUCUACCUGCUACCUUAGACCUUAGGUACCCAGGCAAUCAGAAGGCCCUGCUGCAGCCUCCUACUGAGCAACUAGGAAAGCACGGCCUUGCACUGGCAGCGUGUCUAGCUCGUCCCCUCUCCGUGGGCACUAUCCACAUAUCUUCUUCUGACCCCAAAAUCGACCCGGAAAUCGAUCCGGGCUAUUUAACGCACCCCGCAGACAUCGAAGUCUUUGUCAAAGGUUUGGAGCUGCUGGAGAAGAUGGCAGCUACGUCACCUUUCAAGGAGAAGAUCAAGAGAAAAUACCAUCCUGUGGAGUUGGAUUUGGGAGAUAGGAAGAGUGUUGAGGAGUAUCUAAGACAUACUUGUGCGACCGAGUAUCAUCCGUUGGGUACUGUGGCGAUGGGGAAGAAGGGCGUUGGAGCGGUGGAUGAUAGGCUCAAGGUUUGGGGAGCGAAGGGCGUGAGAGUCGUGGAUGCAAGUGUGAUGCCGUUGCAUGUCAGUGGAAAUAUUGUUUCGAGUGUUUAUGCGAUUGCAGAGAAGGCGAGCGAUAUGAUUAAGGAGGACUGGGAAUUGUAG